AUGACUAAGAAGAACAUACUCGCAGGAUGGGCCAAAUCUGGUUUGUUCCCUUUUAACCCAGAUAGAGUACUCCGAAACCUCGCAAAGCCAGUCCCUGACGCACUUACCCUACUGCCUAUCCAUGCCCCCCGUGACGAGAGUGGACCACACUCACAAAACACAAUCGCCCAGACACCAGUGACUCCAGUAUCGUCAGAGGCUCUUGCAUCGCUGCUUACCCUAGUCAAGCAAGAUCCUCACGAUGAAAUAAGUAUUAAGCGACAUCGUAAGCUCGUGCAGAAGCUCGCCAACGCUGCCGAAGUAUCCUUUGCCCAACAGGCCCUUGAUCAAUACCAGAUUGAGCUCUUAUCGAAGAUGAACGACGAAGCUAGAACUCGCCGGAAGACAAAGUCGGAGAUCCUUGGGAAGGGAAAGGCGAGGGUAAUGAGCUACGAGGACAUCGUAUCAGCACGAGUAAAGCGUGCUGAGCGGGAGGCGAACAAAUCAGCGCAAGGCAAGAGAAAACGUGGUCGGCCGAAGCGCAUUGCGGUAGAGACAGUGGUAGAGGAGGAGGCAGAGGCCACCGCAGACAAAGGAACACGUAAGAAGCUCAAACGUGCUGCGCAGGAGGCCGAGGAAGCCUUGUCGCUGCAGGUAACCGUAACACAUGUUGCAGAAAAGAGCGCACCGCAACCUUAUAGAGCCCCAGUCGCGCGCAUGUGGUAG